ACAGGAGUGAAGCCUUUCUGUUGUGAUCUAUGUGGAAAAAGAUUUAGCCAAAAAGGAACUUUAAACACACACAUGAGAAUCCAUACAGGGCAGAAGCCUUUCUGUUGUCAUCUGUGUGGACAAAGAUUUAGCCGAAAAGCACAUUUACAAAAACACACAAGAAUCCAUACAGGACAGAAGCCUUUCUGUUGUGAUCUGUGUGGACAAAGAUUUAGCGACAAAUCUAAUUUAAACCGUCACAUGACAAUCCAUACAGGACAGAAGCCUUUCUGUUGUGAUCUGUGUGGACAAAGAUUUAGCCGAAAAGGAGAUUUAAACAAACACAUGAGAAUCCACACAGGACAGAAGCCUUUCUGUUGUGAUCUGUGUGGACAAAGAUUUAGCCGAAAAGCACAUUUACAAAAACACACAAGAAUCCAUACAGGACAGAAGCCUUUCUGGUGUGAUUUAUGUGGAAAAAGAUUUAGCGACAAAUCAACUUUAAACAGACACAUGAGAAUCCAUACAGGACAGAAGCCUUUCUGUUGUGAUCUGUGUGGACAAAGAUUUAAU